GUUAAGGAGUUCAGGGCGGUGGUCGGAAAGGCAGUGCUGCAAGGAAUCAGAUUUCAGUUGCUGCACUGAUUGCAAUGAGUCACUUAAAGAGCCGGAGACCCUGAGAGCUGCCUUUGUUCAUUCUCCUCCCGAUGCAGACGGAGAGACAGCGGAUUUCAACUUGUUGCGACUUUUUUCCUCUCUCUGUUCCCUAAGUGCAAACUCAUGCAGUUUGUUCACUUAGUCUCUCUCAGCAAACUUCUCGAAAAUGCUUGCAAGGCAGAACUGGGGGUCCUGGGGUUUGCCUGUCCUGCUCUGGCAAGCACUGAUUGCUGCCGGCAUCCUCGCUCAGAAUACGGAAGAACAAGGAUCUAAGGGUUAUCUCGAUCUCACGGAGCUAAUUGGAGUUCCGCUGCCCUCAUCUGUCUCCUUCAUCACUGGAUAUGGAGGCUUUCCAGCUUAUAGUUUUGCACCAGGUGCUAACAUUGGCCGACCAACAAGAACUUUAAUUCCUGAGACAUUCUACCGUGAUUUUGCGAUCAGUGUGACCAUAAAGCCUGAUAGUAACCAUGGAGGUGUAUUAUUUGCGAUAACAGAUGCAUUUCAGAAAAUUAUUUACCUGGGACUGAGACUCUCACAAAUUCAAGAUGGCACCCAGAGGAUAAUACUGUAUUAUACCGAGCCUGGUUCCCAUGUUUCCCAAGAGGCUGCCUCAUUUAAAGUUCCAGUAAUGACUAAUAAAUGGAAUCGGUUUACAAUUAUCAUUGAAGAACAUGAUGUAAUUCUUCUUAUAGACUGUGAAGAACAUAAGCGAGUUCAGUUUCUGAGAUCACCACAAGCCUUGAGAUUUGAGUCCAGUUCAGGCAUAUUUGUUGGAAAUGCAGGAGCCACAGGACUGGAAAGAUUUACUGGCUCAAUUCAACAAUUAACCAUUCAGUCAGAUCCUCACCCUUCUAAGGACCAAUGUGAAGAUGAUGACCCAUAUGCAUCUGGAGAGACCAGUGGUCUUCAGGAAGCAGAAGAUGUUGCUGAAAUACAAGAAGCUAUCACAUAUACUCAAGCUCCUCCUGAAGAAACCAAAGUAGAACCAGUAGAAGCACCUCCAAUGACACCAUCCGAGUCUAAGGAAAUGGAGCUCUCAGGUGAUUCUGAGACUGAAGAUGGUCCUGAGGCUGAGGAUAACCCUAAGGGUGAGGAUAUCCCAAAGACUAAGGAUAUCCCUACGACUGAGGAUAGCCCUACAGCUGAGGAUAGCUCUACAACUGAGAAUAUCCCUACAACUGAGAAUAGCCCUACGACUAAGGAUAGCCCUACGACUGAGGAUAGCCCUACAACUGAGGACAGCCAUGAGCUCACCAAUGCCAUUCCCACAGACUCCAGCAACUCAGAACAAGGAUCUGGUGAUUCCAUUCAUGACACACAAGAAAAGGACAAUGCUACUGACAGUGACCAAAAAGCAGAGAUUGGUUCAGGAAAUGAAGAACUCCUUGAAAUAAGUGGAGAAAAGGAUACAACAGAUGAAGAAGAUUUGAUAAGAACACAAGCACCUACCAGAUUUCCUGGAAAAGAAGGUGAAAAUAACCUUCCAACUUAUGGUCCGAGUCAACCUCUGCCAACAGUACAACCUGAAAAAGAUAACAUCUUGGGUGAAAGAGGACUCCCAGGACCGAAAGGACAGGCUGGCUCAAAAGGGGAAAAGGGUGAUCCUGGUGAAGGAAAGCCAGGUCUUCCUGGGUUUCCAGGUUCCCCUGGACCAUCUGGACCUCCUGGAACAUUGGGUGUGAUGGAGAUUGAUGGUUCUGGCUUUGAUGCUGGUUCUGGCUCUGGUUCUGGCUCUGGCUCUGAUUCUGACUCUAGUUCUGUUCUCUUUGAAGGCAGUGGAGAACUGCUAAGAGGCCCUCCUGGACCACCAGGACCACCAGGAUCACCAGGUCUUCCAGGUGAACCAGGAUCUGAAUUAUAUAUAGGACCCCCUGGUUCACCUGGAGAAGAUGGACCAUCUGGUGAACCAGGCCCUCCAGGUCCUGAUGGUCAUCCAGGAUUUAAUGGAGCUGCUGGCCUUCCAGGAAUGAAAGGAGAAAAGGGUGAAAAAGGUCCUAAUGGCUCCACCGGGGAAAAGGGUGACUCUGGAAAAAGAGGAUUACCAGGUCCCCCAGGGAAAGAUGGGGUUGUUGGGAAGCCUGGCCCUCCUGGGCUCCCUGGUCCUCCUGGGCCUCCUGGUGAGAGCUGUGCAAUGGGACUUGGAUUUGAGGAUAUAGAAGGCUCUGGAAGCAUUAGACUGUUGAGUGAACACAAACCUGCAGGACCAACAGAGCCAAGUGGUCCAAAAGGAGAAAAAGGGGACCAAGGGCUUAAGGGUGAAAAGGGGCGUAAUGGAGAUAGUUUAAUAGGGCCACCAGGGCCACCUGGGCCACCAGGACCACCAGGAAGGACUGUUGCUGUGUCCGCAGCAAUUCUCAAUGGCACUGAUGGAAUCAAGAAUAUUACUGAACUUCCUGAACUAAUUGGCCCACCAGGACCAGAGGGCAAGCCCGGUCUGCCAGGAUUCCCAGGCCCAAAAGGACCAAAAGGUGACACUGGAUUUCCAGGGUUACCAGGAGAAAAGGGUGAAAAGGGUGAACCAGGAACUAUUCUUGCUGGUGAUAUUCCCCUUGAGAGGUUGAUGUGGAAAAAGGGUGAAAUUGGAAUUCAAGGACCACCAGGGCCAAUGGGCCCCAAAGGACCACCUGGACAUAAGGGAGAAUUAGGUUUCCCAGGGCGACCAGGAAGGCCUGGUUUAAAUGGACUAAAAGGCACUAAAGGAGAACGUGGAACAGUGCUAUUAGGACCACCUGGUUUGCCUGGUCCUCCAGGGCCUCCUGGACCACCUGGAGCUGUGAUUAACAUUAAAGGAACGGUUUUUCCAAUUUCUCCCAGACCUCAUUGCAAAACACCAGUCAAUCCUACUCAUCCUGGGAAUCAAGAACUAAUAACUUUCCAUGGCAUUAAAGGAGAAAAAGGUUCCUGGGGCCUACCUGGGCAACCAGGCCCAAAGGGUGAAAAAGGAGAUGAGGGUGAGCCAGGACCACCAGGUCCCCCAAUUCCUGUUACAUACUUGAAGCACUUUAUGGAUAGAAUGAAGGGUGAAUCUGGAAACAAAGGAAUCAAAGGUGAAAAGGGAGACUCCAAUGGUGGAUUUUUUAUGCCUGGGCCCCCUGGAUUACCAGGAAGUCCUGGACAAAUGGGCCAGAAAGGAGAUUCUGUCAUUGGACCCAGAGGCCCACCUGGGGCACCAGGCUUGCCUGGGCCUCCUGGUUAUGGAGCUCAUGGACUCCCAGGACCUCCAGGACCCCCAGGGCCACCAGGACCCCCAGCAAUAUUGGGAUCAGCAGUGGCACUUCCAGGUCCACCUGGCCCUCCAGGUCAGCCAGGACGCCCAGGAUCCAGGAACCUGGUAACAACAUUUGGAAAUAUUGAAAGUAUGAUGCAAAAUGCUCAUUUGGUGAUAGAAGGCACACUAAUUUAUUUAAGUGAAAGUACAGAGUUUUUUAUACGUGUAAGAAAUGGAUGGAAAAAAUUGCAGCUUGGAGAGCUUAUUCCCAUUCCUGCUGAUAGCCCACCACCUCCUGCAAUUUCCAGCAAUUUUCAGCAACCUCUACCUCCACCAAUUCAGACUUCAAAUGUCAAUUAUGAGAAGCCAGCACUUCGCCUAGUUGCUUUGAAUAUGCCAUUUUCAGGAGACAUUCGAGCUGACUUCCAGUGCUUCCAACAAGCCCAGGCUGCCGGUUUAUUGUCCACUUAUAGAGCCUUCUUAUCAUCCCAUUUACAAGAUCUGUCCACAAUCGUGAGAAAAUCAGACAGCUAUAGCCUGCCAAUAGUUAACCUUAAGGGAGAAAUACUUUUCAAUAAUUGGGAGUCCAUUUUUUCUGGCCAUGGAGGUCAAUUCAAUAACCACAUUCCAAUAUAUUCCUUUGAUGGUCGGAAUGUUAUGACAGACCCAUCAUGGCCUCAAAAGGUAAUAUGGCAUGGUUCCAACACAAAGGGGAUUCGACUGGUAAGCAACUAUUGUGAAGCAUGGAGAACAGCAGAUGUAGCUGUAACAGGAAACGCAUCGCCACUGAGCACAGGAAAAAUCUUGGAUCAGAAAACCUAUAGUUGUGCUAAUCAGCUCAUUGUUUUGUGUAUUGAAAACAGUUUUAUGACUGAUGCAAGAAAGUGAUGACCAUCUACCCUACUGAAGAAAUCUACAAUUUUAUUGCCUAAAAAGUGGACACUGAAAUUUGAUUUUUAAUGAUGUAUAUAUUGUUUUAAUUGCACAUUUAUAACUAAAGUAACCAAAGAAAACAUACCUCAGUACACUCAGUACUAAAAACGUAGAAAGAACUCAGAUAAAAGACAAAAUCUGAUUUAUACUUUGGUGCUAGGAUCUGCAAGGAUUCCCCAAGUGGUGUGACAAGAAAACAUCCUUGCACACAUCAACAAUAAGUGUGCAAAUAAAUGUAGGCACAGAAAUGUGCUCUUGUAAUAUCACAGCUGCUUUCAUGCCACUAUCUCCUCAAGAAAGUUGUUUGCUUAGUGUAACUGUCUCUGCUGAGUGUCAGAUGCUCUUCAUGUUUUCUUAACAAAAGUUUAGCAACAGUAUCUCAUUUUAAGUUAUAAGUGAACCAAAUGUUUCAUUCUUUAUGCAUCCAUCAUUUAUAAUUGCUGUUCACAAUGAAGGGGGAAAACCCUAAAAAUUAACUAAUUUUUAUUCUUAAAUGUUAUCAGUAAGUGUUCAUUUUCCUUCAGCAGAAUUACCAUUUUGCCAUCAUAUUUUAGCAGGCUUACUUUUUAAAAAUAAUCAUAGCUUAGUGUGGCAUUUGUUCAUGUACCAUAACCAAACUGACUUGCUGGAAAAGUUGAAAUUCCAAAGCAUCUUGAAUGAGAAAUGUGACUAUAAAUAGAUAUUGCCUGCCUCCUUUUAAAAAUGAUUUUGUGACUUGUAUUUGACAACUCUUGAAGUGUAAUACUUUUAGCAAAACGAGAAUUUCCAUGCAAAUUACUUUGCUGGUAAACAUACAUACACAUAUAGAUAUAUAAAUAUAUAAAAUAUUGUUUUAUUUUUCCAUCUGAAUUAACAUAAAAACAUUUUCCCAAAAUUAACCUAUGUUUUCUCCAAAUAUCAUAUUUUCAUUGUUAUGAUAUGGAAAUAAACUUUUGCGGGGUUUUAAACCACA